GCUCAACCUCACGCUACUACCAUCAUCAUUGUGCGUCCUGUUAGCGUGUCUUACAAGGUUUCACCUGCACAAUAUUGCACAUUGAAAAAUGGCGAGUUGGUGUGUACAAGCAGUAAGAAAGAGCCACUCACUUGUAGCUUUGCCUGCACUAAUAAGAGUGUCUCCACGAUUGUUAUGCACAGCCACCCAGCAGAAGAAUGGUCACAGGUCAGAGGAGGAGGCUGAACAGCCAGAGCAGAGUGCAGCAGAGAAAGUCCUGAUGGAGGCGAAGACCCAGCUGGAGGAGCAGCUCAAGGACAUGACAGGAAAGUACAAGCGGGCCUUAGCAGACACAGAGAACCUCAGGAGGAGGAGUCAGAACAUGAUAGAAGAUGCUAAAUUAUACGGGAUCCAGGGCUUCUGUAAGGACCUGCUGGAGGUGGCCGACAUCUUGGAGAAGGCCACAGAGAGUGUGCCCAAGGAGGAGGUGACAAGCCAGAACCCUCACCUGAAGAACCUGUACGAUGGCCUGGUGAUGACCGAGGUCCAGAUCCAGAAGGUGUUCACCAAGCACGGCCUGGUCAAGCUCAACCCAGAUGGCCAGAAGUUCGACCCCUACGAGCACGAGGCCCUCUUUCACGCCCCAGUGGAGGGCAAGGAGCCUGGUACCGUUGCCAUAGUAACCAAAGUGGGCUACAAGCUUCACGGUCGCACCCUCAGGCCAGCGUUGGUGGGUGUGGCUAAAGCCCCAUAGAAAUGAUGAUGUAACUAUGACAAAGUGGGAUUUGUUUUGUUGCCGGGGAGAUGGAUGACCUCAGGUAUAGCAGACUGGUCAAGGCACCCUUCCACGCUUUUCCCGCAAGCCUGUCCUUGCAGUACCCCCACCCUAAGGGGCUUCACAGAGAUGGGAACCCAACUGAACUGAACUUUGUAUCUGAACAAUAUCCACCAGUUUUUAACAGAUGCAUAACACUUUGCCUGGCACAGGACAGUCUUUACAGUAAAAUUUCAGUUUGUCAUCAGUCAUGUGAGUCAUUUCAGAGUCUGUUAUUGUCAGAGAUUGCUUAAAAAAAAAAAAAAAAAAAAAAAAAACUCACCAGAUCACAGGCACAGGCUUUUAUGUAUCCUGUAUCCUGCAGCCAUAAAUGUUACUGGAAGAAAUUAAGGUGAAAUAUGAUGUUUUGCAAAAACAUUAACAAGUGAUCAUAAACUCCUCUAAAUUUUUUGUGUUGUGAGCUAUGAUGUGAAAUAUAUCCACAAAUUGAAUAGUUCUGAUUCUGAACUGCU